AAAACAAUCGAAUAUUCCCCUUCUAUUUUUUUUUCCGAAAAAUAAAACCCGAAAGUUAAAUACCCGAGUCAUUGCUGUGAAUUAUGAUGGAGUGAGGGUUUUACGCCAAAGAAGCACCGCGACGCUGUCUCUCCCACUCUUCUCCGCCGCCGCAUGUGAAUUAGAAGAAGAGGAGGCGAAUUUGUUAAUUUGUUGUGAGUGUGUUCGAAAUGGGUGAAAUCUGGUGGUCCCUUUUGGGGGCGGCGAUCCCCGUGGUGGUGGCAGGGCAAGCGUUUCGCGUGAAGAAGCGGCGUGCAGAGGAGCAGAGACUGCAGAGUGCUCGCGGGAGGGAAAGGAGUUCCGAUGAAAUCUUCGUGUGUGAGAGGGUUUGCACUUCAAAGAGGAUGCUCAAGAAGGUUGGUUCCUUCUCCAAAGACCCCAUUCCUGAUACCUGCGUCACCGUUUGUGGCGCCUCCGAUCUUGAUGCCUGUGCUGAUGCAUGUGCCCGCACUGUCUGUGUCAACCAACAUCAAGUGCCUAACUGGAACGACAUUUGCCUCAGGAGGUGCCAGAGUGAAUGCCUCAAACUCUCUUCUCAGAGUCACUCCUCGUAGCAGUUGAGUUGAAUUUUAUUUAGUCAAAUGUGUGUGUGAGUGUAUACAUUGUGGUUCAAUGCUUUGUUCCAUCAUUUUGACUAUGGAAUUUAAGAAUUAUUACGACAAAUUCUAUGGAAAUGGAAAUGGGGUUAUUCCACUAGGCGCUGGUUCAUUUUGUGUUCACUGACUUGAGAUCUAUAUGAUUCUUUCUUUUCCUGCCUCA